AUGGAUUUUCAACAGAACUUCAAGGCUUUGGAUUCUGAUCUAUUAAUAGCAUCUGUACCCAAAUGUCGCACCAUCUGGUUGAAAGCACUCGCCUUUGCCAUCGUCAACCGCGUUCGUUACCCAUGUACUUCUUCUUCAAAGAGUUAUCACCAUCACCCACUGCUCACAGUUUCGCCUCAUGACCUUGUUCCUUUUGUUGAGUUUAAACAUCUUAAUCCAGAUCAUAGUUUUUUUGAUCCUCAACACAGACUCAUAGCUACUCACGUCCCUUACCCUUCUUUGCCAGAAUCUUGCAAGACCGGCACUACAAAUUGCAAGAUUAUUUACGUGUGUAGAAACCCACGAGACAACUUCAUCUCAAUGUGGCUGUUCAUGAACAAACUGAGGGCCUCGCCAGCAUUAGCAAGUGAUAAAUUCGGACCGUUUUGGGAUCAUGUACUUGGGUAUUGGAAAGAGAGUAGAGAGAAGCCUCAUAAAGUGUUGUUUCUAAGGUAUGAAGAUCUGAAGAAAGAACCGAUAACUCAAUUGAAGAGACUUGCGGACUUUAUGGGUUCCAGUUUCACUUUAGAAGAAGAAAGACAAAGAGUGAUUGAAGAUAUAUCAAGGUUAUGUAGUUUCGAGCACAUGAAGAAUUUGGAUGUGAAUAAGAACGGGAUUUGGAGAAAACGCAUCGAUAACAAAGUCUACUUCAGGAAAGGUGAGAUUGGUCAUUGGAAGAAUUACUUGACACCACAUAUGGUUGAACGACUUGAUUGCCUCAUGGAAGAGAAGUUGCAAGGGUCAGGCUUAGUGUUCUGA